UGUGAGAGCGUGAGCCGGGCCGUCCGCCGGGCCCCCGAAGCUCGCUGGGAGGGGGCCGGCCGGUCCGGGCUGUGCGGGGCGUUUACAAAAAAGUGACUUGGAGAUGAACUCGCCCGUGCGCGACUGGCCGCCCCGCUAUAGGGGCGAAGGCGCCUGACGCAAGCGGAACUUGGCGGAGCCGAUACGAAUCAGAACAGAGCGAGGCUCCUGGCGCACUAGGGACUCCAGGAGGCAGCCCGGCCAGAGACGCGGGUCUUGCCUCGGGAAACCGGAGGGUGGGGGGAGGGGAAGAGCGCGGAGAAGAAAACCCACCGAGGCGGGGACUGGCCUGGGCGGGGAGGGGCGGUGGGGCCGGAGCCCCUCUCUGUUGGGCGGACUCCCCAUGGCCAGAGGCUGAGCUCCACUCCCGCCGGCCGCUCCCUAGGGGAAGGGAAAGAAGAGGGGAGAAGAGCGAGCGGCCGCCAGCGAGCGAGCGCGGGCCGCAUCCGCACUCUGCAGAAGUUGCAGACUCGGCCGAGGGCGGACUUGUGCGCCGGGGGCAAGAGCAGGGCUGCCUGGCCGCAGCGCGCCGGCUUUGUCAUGAUGGCCAGCUACCCCGAGCCCGAGGACGCCGCGGGGGCCCUGCUGGCCCCGGAGACCGGCCGCGCAGCCAAGGAGCCCGAGGCGCCGCCGCCGCCGAGCCCGGGCAAGGGAGGCGGCGGCGGCGCCGGGACAGCCCCGGAGAAGCCGGACCCGGCGCAGAAGCCCCCGUACUCGUACGUGGCGCUCAUCGCCAUGGCGAUCCGCGAGAGCGCCGAGAAGAGGCUCACGCUGUCCGGCAUCUACCAGUACAUUAUCGCCAAGUUCCCGUUCUACGAGAAGAACAAGAAGGGCUGGCAGAAUAGCAUCCGCCACAACCUCAGCCUCAACGAGUGCUUCAUCAAGGUGCCGCGGGAGGGCGGCGGCGAGCGCAAGGGCAACUACUGGACGCUGGACCCGGCCUGCGAGGACAUGUUCGAGAAGGGCAACUACCGGCGCCGCCGCCGUAUGAAGCGGCCCUUCCGGCCGCCGCCAGCGCACUUCCAGCCCGGCAAGGGGCUCUUCGGGGCGGGAGGCGCCGCGGGCGGCUGCGGUGUGGCGGGCGCGGGGGCCGACGGCUACGGCUACCUGGCGCCCCCCAAGUACCUGCAGUCCGGCUUCCUCAACAACUCGUGGCCGCUACCGCAGCCGCCCUCGCCCAUGCCCUACGCCUCCUGCCAGAUGGCGGCGGCCGCGGCGGCGGCGGCAGCGGCGGCGGCGGCCGCGGGCCCCGGCAGCCCGGGCGCGGCCGCGGUGGUCAAGGGGCUGGCGGGCCCAGCCGCCUCGUAUGGGCCGUACUCACGCGUGCAAAGCAUGGCGCUGCCUCCCGGCGUGGUGAACUCGUACAACGGCCUGGGGGGCCCGCCGGCCGCGCCCCCGCCGCCGCCGCCGCACCCCCACUCACACCCGCACGCACACCAUCUGCACGCGGCCGCCGCACCCCCGCCAGCCCCGCCGCACCACGGGGCAGCCGCACCGCCCCCGGGCCAGCUCAGCCCUGCCAGCCCGGCUACCGCCGCGCCCCCGGCGCCCGCGCCCACCAACGCGCCCGGCCUGCAGUUCGCCUGCGCCCGGCAGCCUGAGCUCGCCAUGAUGCAUUGCUCUUACUGGGACCACGACAGCAAGACCGGCGCGCUGCACUCGCGCCUCGAUCUCUGAGAGCCCAGCGUACGCCAGAUGGGAGGAUGUAGGGACGCGCGACGCCGGUCUUGGUCGCAGCCACCGCCGCCAGUCGGACCGCGCACCCGCUGGGGCCGCCUCCUGAGCCAGCGCCCACGGCCGCUCUGCGCCUCUCCGCUGCCCUCAGCUCCUCUCGCUCCUUUGUCUCCUCCGCUUCUCCUCCUGUGCUCGCCUCUGCGCCCCUUUCGCUCCUCCUGCCUGCAGGCCGCCUCUCCACGCGCCUUCGGCAGGCCUCGUCUCCUGCCGGCGCCCCGUCACCGCACUUGGCCCCGCGCGGUCCACGGCGGAAAGGAAGCGCCGGGGGCCGAGGCACAGACCUCUCGGCCUUCUCGCACAGGUCGGUGCGCUCGCGCUCGGCUUUCCCCGCCCGGCGGCCGAGCAAUCGUCGGCCCGAAGCGCCGGCCUGGGCCGGCAACGAGACUCGCGCCGCCCGAGAAAGGAACGAACGUGUGUCAGCUCCGCGUACCCUCUUGGAGCUGUUCAGAAGCCGCUAGCCCGGGCCCACGGGGCGGGGCGGGGGCUGGGCCCGAGCAGGGAGCCGGGGCCGCCUCGCUCGGCGGCCUGCGCCCGGGUUUAGCCCACGUCCCGGCUCGGAGGGAGGCUGCGUUUCCUCCGCUCUCCAUCCCGCCUCUUCGGGCACCUCCAGGCCCAGGCGGCUGGCUAACGUUUUGCUAAAAAGAUUGGUAGGGCUAUUUUAGAUACCAUUAAAAAAAAUUUUAAGGAAAAAAACUCACCGGGAAAACUGGCGAAGUAUUGUGGCCUUGGAGUUUACUAAAGCAAAACACGUAAAUCGCCUCUUCCAGGAGAUUGGAAGCAGAAUUCCUGUCGGGCCUUCAAAAAGCUAUGGUCAGAGAGAGAGGCAGACAAAUAUAUUCAGUAAAAGAUGGUCUCAUCUACGAAUUGGGGGUUUUUUUCCCCUCUCUCCUUAUCUAAAAAUUAAAAAAUGACAAAUUUCCCGGGAUCUUCCGAUGCAGACCCGGAGUGCCGGCAGAUCACCGCCUGCCAGGCGGACGCUGCAGGGGCGGCUCGUCCUCUCCCUGAUUUUUGUUUUUCAGACGUCUUGCUUCUCCCACCUUGGGCAGGAGAAAUGUGAAACCUGGCCGCGGUCGGAGCCGGCGGGAGUGGGACCUGGAGCCGGCCGGCCCGAACCCCGAGACCUGGUUGUUCUGUAGUCUGUCGUUGGGAGGACCAAAUUUUCUAGAGACAACUAGAGCACUUUUGUUGUUUUGUUCCUUGUUUGUUGUUGUUUUUGUCUUGUCAAUUCCCGAAUAAACUUUUUGUUCUUUCUUUUAACAGAGACCUAUAUUAUUUCAGUCGUGCCUAAGUUUGUUCAGCCGCUAGUUAAAAGAGAGAUUUUCAGCAGGAUUUUAUCCUUUUUCAGAUAAACAAGGGGUGAGGGCAGCCGGAGUGGGGGGCGUUUGUGGUUGUGGCCGCCGUUUUGUUUUCCCCGGGGACUGUUUGUUUUCUGUGUCGUCGCUGGUCUGUUGAAGCUGUUCGACAUCAUCAGAAACUUUAUCUGCCGUGGUUCGAUCACCAGGCGCGGCUGUCGGGAUUCGUUCUGUCUUUGUACUCAUGCAAGUUUGUGUUUUCCCUCUUACGCGGUCAUACGAGGGUGUGUGGGCUGUUUUCAUUAUUUUGUUCUCAGACUUU